UUAAACCCCCUUAAGAGAAUGAAUCAGAGUCAAAUGGAUAAAAGAAAGAAAGGAUCUCCAAAGGAACUGAGGCUUUUGGUGGUCGGUAGCAGCGGACCCUCUCAGUUCCAACUAACCAAUGCUAUACUUGGAAAGGAGGCUUUUUCAAAGGAUGUUAUCAGUAUUUCUGCAAGUGUGAAGAACAAGGGAGAGCUGUCUGGUCGACCAGUAGCAGUGGUCAACGGACCAAAUAUGUAUGACAAGGAUAUAACUCAUGUAAAGAGGAAGAUGGAGCUCAGGAGGUCUAAGUGUUUAGUUAUACCUGGUCCCCAUGCCUUUCUUGUUGCCUUUGACAUUGAGAAAAUCUCCCCAAAUGACAUGAAAACUCCUUGGCUGCUAAAAAGACGCUUUGGAGCAAACUGCCUGAAACACUGCAUGGUUCUCUUUGCCUAUGAAGGAAAUUUGGAUGGAGCUUCUCUGGAAAACAGGGUGAAGAAGACUGAAUGGUAUCUCAGAGAACUGAUUGAGAAGUAUGGUGGGCGCUUUCAUGUUUUCAAGAAGAACUGGAGAGAUCGAAGCCAGGACAAGGAGUUUCUGCGAAAGAUUGAGUUGAUGGUGGCUUCGUUGGGAGGGGGACACUUCUCCAGCAGAACUUUCCAAACGGCAGAGGACAGUGUGAGGAAGGAGGAGAAAAGGCUCAGGAAACAGAAGGCAGAGGAGAUAAAGCGAACAUGGAAUGAGAUGGAGCAGCAGUAUAUGCCAGAGGAGUUGUGUUUUCAGAAGGAUGCCUACAUCGCCAAUGUACGUGCAGAGAUUCAGGCUAAGGCAGAGCUUGAUAACGGUUGGCUCAGAACAUCCCUGGCCAGAGGGCUGGGGACUGGUUUAGUUGUGGGGGCCGUGAUUGGUGCACUUUUUGGAUCUAUUGAGGGGGUGGGAGGAAUAGUUCUUUAUGGUGUUAUAGGUGGGGUGGUUGGUGGAUCUGCAGGCGGAACUGCUCAUGUGGCAAUCAAGCAUAUGGAGAACAGAGUUGCCCCACCAGCUAGACUCAAUUUUAAUUCUAUCUUCAUUAACCGUUUCUUUGCAGUUCCUCGUACAUGA